UGCGCAUGCGUCAUUGCGAUAAAAACUAGGAAGGUGCGGAAAGGACAGAAGUUAUUUCAUGUUUUCAACGAAAACUUUUGCAUAACACGAGCAGUUAUAAUGGAGGAGGAGGAAGAGGAUCUACAUGUCUGUUUGGUCUGUAAGAAGUCCAUCCGUGGACUCAUGAACUAUGUUAAUCACAAGAAAAAUGAGUGCUCUAAGAAGAACAUCAAGUCAGAGCUAGCUAGAGAGUCUCACGAUGAUAUGUUCUCUCAGAAGACAGAAAAUACAUGUUCUUCAGACAGCAAUGAAACCUUGGAGGGAAACAAUCAGAAUUACUACAUAGACCAGUCCUUUGCACACAACACAACACAAUCUGUCGGGUAUUCAGAUGCAGAGAUGUUUGCUUAUCCUGGAAACACUUUCUUGUCAACCAAUAUCCCCGCAGAGAGCUCUGAUGUGAGUGCACGACAGUUUCCAAUUGGGAAUGAUGAUUUCAUGAAAAUUGUUCCUACAAAUACGCUUGCUAGACAAAAAGAUGGCGACCUUAACCUUUCUGUGUACACCACAGCUUCAAUGUCACUGUCAUUGAGCAGUCUGAGCCCAAUAUUUACUACAUCGGGGCUUGCUUCUGGUAGUUCUAAAGAUGAAGAGAAAGAUGAACUGAGGGAAGUGACAGAAGACCAUGGCCUUUUAAGUGCUGUGGAGAUCAAUUCAUUACGCCCAAGUGACUUUGAUGGUGGAAAAGGCAAAAGAUUGAAUAUUGGUACCUUUGUUGAUUCCUUUCCAUAUGAAUCGGAAGGUUCGAUGAACAGGAAAUGUGAUGACGAUAAGGAAGUUGUUGAUGAUUUCUUUCAGUCGUUAGAACUAAUGAGUAAAAGCGAACGAAAGACUGGGAGGGGUAAUAACUAUAACCAAUUCCCCAUAUCACAUAUCUUGAAUAACCUGACUUUCAGCAGUGAUGAAGAAGACAUGGAAUUAAACUUUGAUGAAGAUAUGUCCUUUGACAGCCUAACUGAUUCUGGAGAUGACUGUAGACCACCUAGAUCACACACUGGGGGGAAGUGGGAACCUGGGAACAAACCUGCAGCUGCUGCCAAAAACAGACCCCAUUAUCGUGGAAAAUGGCCUCCCGGUGAAAUGCCUAAAAUCUUGCAAGGAGGUCAUAGCUAUGGUCCAUCGCGCAGUGGUAAAAAUAUAGCUCUAAUCAAGGGCAUGACAAGAAAGCGUAGACCAAAGUUACCAGGCUCAGCUACAAGAAAAAGAGAACAAACAAAGACUUGUACAGUUUGUGAUGUUACUUUUGAAAACCGAUUUGCAUAUUCCAACCAUUGUAGAAAUCCUUCACAUAAAGCUAAGGCAUUGGAGAGAAAAGAGCAGAAAAAUGAUGAUGAUAAGCCAGUCUCAACUCAUGUUAAACUGGCAGCUGAUGGGACUGAGCUCACAGACAAUAGGGGAGAUGAGCAACAGCCUGGUUUGGUUACUGAAGAACAAGAUGCCGAUGAAGAUAUCAGUGAUGAAAUUGAUCAUGAAAGUGGCGGUGAUGUCAAUGAUGGUGAUGAAGAAGAUGAUUUCGAAGAAGAGGUUGCUAAUGAGGAUACAGAUUCUUAUGAUGGAAAUCUGCAAGAGAAUAGUAAAUAUAAAAACAAAUAUUCAGAGCAGUCUAUUUCAGUAGAACUGCCUGAUACAAAGCCUGAACACGUGGAGAAACUUGUUCCUAUAUUUGUGUGCACAAUCUGUGACAAGAAAUAUCCCAAUAGGUACUACAUGGCAAAGCAUUUGCUUUCAAAGUUCCAUAAAAAUCGUGCACUAGCCGACCCAAGAGAGCAUUUUCAGAUGUUGGAGAGAUAUCACAAAUAUGUUGUCAGGUUGAGCCCAUUUCAAUGUGCCAUAUGUCGUUUUUAUUUCAAUGCUUAUGACGAUUUCAAAGAGCAUAUUAAUGGGGAUGAACAUGGAAAUAACUGCAGUGAUUUGGUUGGGGAAAUGAUGUGUACAUUGUGCUCAUUUAAAACACACCAGAAUUCAGAAAUGCUGAAGCACUUUGUCACGGAGUCUCACAUGGUUAAAAUCCAUGAAAACAAGUAUGCAUGCAUUCUAAAACAGAACCUUGUGGGCUGCAAGUGCAAAUUCUGUGGAUUGGAAAUGCGUUCCAUCAAAAGGCUGACGAGACAUGUGGUAUUGAAGCAUGCUGACAAGAAGCCAGUGGAGGGAGUGACUAAGCGACAGAUUGGUGUGAGGAACCGGCCGAUCUGCUCCUUGUGUACCAGAAAGUUCUCAUGCCAAAGUGCAUUGAACAUUCAUAUGGAGAGGAAACAUAUGAAUGCGAAAAAACAUGUAUGUAAAAUCUGCAAUGUGUUUUUUGCAGAUGUUUAUUCAUUUAAACGUCACACAGAGAAAAAUCUGAAACAUCUGCAAAAAGUAGCAAAUUCUAAGCAAGUUGCAGAGGGCAGUAAAGGUGAAGAUUUAUUGUCCAAUUCAAACUGUCAACAAACACCUAAAUUAGAAGUAAAGACAAGCCAAGUGAGUGUCAACACAGCAAAGGAUGUUAAAACACCUGAAAAUAUUAAUGAAUCAAAUACUGCAUGGAAUAUUAAUGUUAAAGUUGCUUUCCCAAAAGCUAUUAGAGAAGAUGCUGCUGAUGCUAAUGUGAUAGCUGUUAGGGACACACAUAAAGAUGUUACCGGAAUGGUAGAAACUGUGAAAACACGAAAAAGGCGGCCUAAAAAAGAGCCUGUACCCAGCCCAAAUCAAGCUCCAAUGAAAAAGCUGAAACUUGUAAAAUGUGACUAUUGUGACUUUACUGUGACUAAAUACAAUGACUUGCGACUUCACUAUAUGGAAAACCAUUCAGCAAAAAUUAAGGUGUGUGAACAUUGCGACCUGGUCUUUCUGUCAGAAAAGUCUUACAGGAUUCAUUGCAACAGUGAGGCUCAUCAGAAGUGUCUGGACAGCAAUCUAGAAAACUCAAAAGAACAACAAUUUAAAUGUGAUGUGUGCAAAAAGUCCUUCCCUGAUGAGAAGUACAGAAAUUUCCACACAGCUUAUCACCAUCUUCACAUUCAUACGGAUGCUGACCUUGACAAAAUUAGAGGUGAGAGAUGCGCCACCUACAAGCAGUACAGGGAAUUUCUGGAUCACAUCGAGGCAACGGUAUCAGAUCCAAACACAAAGGUUUUAUGUUCAGAAUGCGGAGCCCAUGUGCAAAGGAAGGCAAUUUUGUCGCAUCUGAGACUGCAUACAAAGGAUAGGCCGUUUAAAUGUAACCUGUGCGCUAAAGGAUUUGCAACAGGGAACUGCCUGAGACGUCAUCUCCAGUUUCAUUUCGGCAUCGCUGAGAGAAAGUGUGAAUUCUGUGGAAAAGAGUUCUUUCGUGGCGAGCAUUACAUGAAACACAUGCUUAUACACAAGGCAGAACAAGCGAACGAAGCGUUAUAUUCUUGUGACAUUUGCAAGGUGAACUUUCCCUUGGAAAUCCAGUUGACAAGGCACAUGAGACGGCACGAAGAGCGGAAGUACAAAUGUGAGCAUCCCGGUUGUCACUGGAAAUUCGUCUUCCAGGGAGAGCUGAAUGCUCACAUGAGGACUCACAUGGAGGUCAAGAAGUACCUGUGUGACUUUUGCGGGUUUGCGGCCCAUACUGAGUAUCAUUUACGGAGGCACAAGAAGAUUCACACUGCAGAACGCAAAUUUCACUGCGAGUACUGUACAUACAAGGCAGGCAACAAGACCCACUUGAGGAGACAUAUGAGGAUCCACAUCGGUUCCAAGCCGUUCAAGUGCCCGUAUUGUUCAUACGCAUGUAACACUCAUGAAAAUAUUCGCAAGCACAUCCUCCUGACUCAGAAACACAAAGGUAAAUUCGUCUAUCCGUGUAAGUUCUGCAACUACGGCACAAACAGCUGUGAUGAUUUUCAUAAGCACCUGACAGAGAAUCACGAGAAUGACCUUGGUCCGAAUUUUCGUCACACGUCCUUGUCUGUGUUCACAGGCCUGUACCAGAAAGAUCAGGACCCCAAUAAGCCUGUGGAAGGAAUGCAGAUCAUACAGCUGAAAGAGCGCAAGAACACGCGCAGGACAAAGCAAAAUGGAGAGGAGGAUUCGGACGAUACCUUGAAGGAUCUUGACUCUGACCAGGCCAUCAAUCUGAGCAACAAGGACAGGAAGCCUGUCAAGCAGAGGUCGCCAAGGAGGAGCAAAGCAGCCAAGCUUGAAGUCAGCCAGGUUAACCAUUUGGAUGCUGCCCAAUAUUUAAUAUUGCUGAACGCUGAUGCACAACAUUACGCAGAUAUGAAUGAGGUUGAGGAUCUGUCCGCCAAGGAUUUGAUAAUUGACGACACGCCCCUGGAUGGUGAUUCCAUUAAGAUCGUUCCUACGGCUUCGUCCUACAAUGGAGGGAGUGUUGUGACUAUGCUGCGGUCUCAAUACAUGCCCAUGGCUGACGUGCCAAGAACACAUGUCGCCCAGGCUGCUCCACAAACUUAUCAAGUCCACACUUCUGGAGCUUCAAUUAGUUAUCAGAACUAUAACAUGCAUUAGAUUAAAAGAGAAACUUCCUUGAAAAACAUUCUUUUUUUUUCUUUUUUUAUUACCAGGUAGUAUAUUAUAGUAUAUGUAUAAUAAUAUUCUGUCAAAUGGUUCAAAGCUUUAAUAUUUGCAUGAAUUUUGUUACAAAUAAUUUAUGUUUAUGAAUUGUGAAUGAACAUUUUAGCUUUUAAGGCACAGAAAGUGUUGUUUUGUUAAAGAUGUAGUUUAGUUCAUUUCAAGGUUUGUGGCUUUUGUAAAAGCACAUUAAUGAUUACUUAUAAUAUAAUUGACAUACAUAUUACUACAUCUAAUGUAUAUUAAUAUUCGCUUUUUGUACAUACCAGUUGACAUUUACAGAAUUGUUAGUUAUGACAUUAUAUUGCGUGGUACCAUCUUUAACAAAAUAUUUAACCAGGGGGUUUGAUCCCCACUAUGGGAGAGUUCUUUAGAUCUCCCCCAUAGACAUCAAGUACUGGUUCAAGUACCAGGAAACGGACUCGAGAGCAUUUAAAAUAAGUAGUCAGCACUUAGAAUCAAGCUAAAAUAAAGAGGUUUAAUCCAACAAAGUAUUCGUUUCAAAUGUAAAUCACAUUUUAGACUUGUAUUCAAGAUAAAUUGUAUGUUAAUCAUAUACUUAUAGUUAAACAUUUCAAACUGUAAUACAUUUAAAGAUACGGAAUGAAAUAGGAUGUUGAUAAUAUAAAGCUCACAAUUAAUACAUUUUAAGAAUAAUACACUUAGCGCACAAAAGAAAACUAUAAAUAACAUAAUGAGUGUAAAAGAAUUUAGUAUAUCCAUGUGUGUGGAAUGUAACCUGUAUUUGUUCAUCAAAUAAUUCUGAUAAUCAUGUUUUAUUACAUCCAUCCUGAAAUGUUUUCAUUUAUUUAGCCAGCAAGUAAAAGUUGUAUUAGUUUAUAUUAAAAUUGAUGUUUUUGUAUUACAUUAAUUCUUUAUCUGAAAAGUGCAUUUUGUUUAAUCAAAAUCAUGUAUAAGGUUUUCAAAAUGUAUCUAUUGUAAAUAAUGCACCACUUUGUAAAUGUUAACCAGAGAUGGAAAAGCAGUGUUUUUGGUUGCCAUCUGAACAGGACAAACAUAACUACACCAAAUGCAUUCCCAAGUUAACCCUCAUGACAGUCCUCACAAUGCAGACAAUUUCUUAGAUUUUGUUAAUGCUUCUAUAGCAAGCAUUUAUGUUUGUCACAUUCCAUUUUGGGGAGUCCACUUGCUGUGUUACAGUCCUAACGGUCAAGUGUAUGGACAUGUGUUACUCUGUUUGUUCAAUGUUCAACAUGUUUGUCUUUCAUCGGAGAUUUAAAAAAAAACAUCCACAAAUGACCAGCAAGAGGAGACGGCAUGUUUUGUGUACAAAUCUAUCUCUCUAUCUCGAAGGUCAAGGUCACACUAGGUUGUCAAAGUUAUAAAUUUGGCCAUAAAAUAUAGGAACUGAACUUUAGCUUCAACAUUUCUCAUGCAACUUGAUAAGAAAUUCCUAUAAAUCUAUACACCAUGAGAAGACAGCAUGUUGCGUGUAACAUCCCUUUCCCAACCUCAAAGGUCAUCAUGACAGGUGAAAUGUUCGAUUUUGAAGUAAAACAGCCUGUCUGGACUGUAAAAACAUCAUUCAUAAUGAAAAUUUUGAAUGAAUGAUCACUAGUUGAGAUGUUGUGUCAGGUUUAACAGCCGUCUUCUUAGCUCAAAGGUCAAGGUCACAAAUAGACUUUAAAGGAUUGGUCCAAACUGUAACUUCAUUACUUGUCAUGGGAUUUAAAAAUCAGUUACCAAUUAUGUUCCAAUUAUGGUAAACUUGUGCCCAGCAAGGUCAUACUUAGAGGUUCAAGAUGUAAUUUGAAUUCAUUAUGAAUCUUGUCCAGACUGUAACUUCUCCAUUUAUCAUGCAUUUUUAAUAGGCAUAAUAUGAUCCGCGUUCUGAGAAAACUAGGCUUAAUGAAUGUGCUUAAAGUGUCUUCCCAGAUUAGCCUGUGCAGGACGACAAAUUCCGCUUUUAUGGUAUUUUUAGUUUCAAGGAAGUCCCUCCUUACCAAAAAUCAAGUUUAGGCAGAAAGUGUCAUCCGUGAUUAGCCUGUGCAGACUGCACAGGCUAAUCUGAGAUGACACUACGCACAUGCAUUUAGCCCAGUUUUCUCAGAACAAGGCUCAUGUAUCAGUUUUUUUUUCCUCCUUUGUGACCCGCCGAAAAACGUCCCUUUCCCCUCAGUUUUUUUGUUUUUUAAUUUUAAAUACAUAAGUUAACCUGAUCCAGUGUAGAAACUAGAACAUAUUGCAUAAUUAAAUUAUCUGUUGCCUUGAAUUUGAAUUAAAAACAGUAAAAUAUGUUAAAUUUAUUAUUUGAGACUUUCCUUAUUUUCCCCAUUAUCUGGUGUUUCGCGUGAUAUUUUUUCCCCAAAAUCCGGCAUUUUGCGUGAUUUUUUUCCCCUCAAAAAAGGCCAGGCCCUUUCCCCAAAAUCAGAUAAAAAAAACCUGUGUAUGCAAUCCUUUUUUACUUUUGCAAAGUUCAGGUUAUGUGCUUAAGAAACUGUGUUAUAAUGUCCCUCAUACAAGAUGUUGGGGUACCGGGUAUAUUGUUUGGAAAUGUCACAGCCUGGCGAUAGACCACAGUCAAUUGUUUCUUCUCAGUGAAAAGGUUAUAUUUGAUCUGCACAUUGAAUUCUCUCAAAUUUGUCUGUUCUCCAUAGUUAAGAAGUUUUAUCAAUUAAAAACAUGAUUGUGGCCCUGAUAUCAAAUAAAAAUAUUAGUAAUCUGGUACUACAGUAGUAAAUUCCCCUUGUAGUUAACUGUUUGCCUAAUAUUGAGAAAAAUGACCUUUUUUAACCGCAUUAGUUGUACAUGUCGAAAGACUUUGUUAAUAGCUUCACAUUACUUUGUUAACCUUUGGCACAAUAUCAGCUCAAGUGACCCAGCAUUAUGCACUUUUGGCUCUGAGAUGAUUUUAACCUAGAGGUUGCUACCUGUUUUACAAACAGCUCUUGUUUUCUUAUUGGUAUAGAGUUGUCCUUCAGCUAUUAUAAUGUUUACACAGUUGCUGGUCAAACAUCUUAAUUAUCCCCCGCCAUAGGCGUAUAUUGUUUUGGCGUUGUCCGUCUUUCCGUCCAUCCGGCACUUUUGUGUCCGGAGCCAUAUCUUGGAAGUGCUUUAGCGGAUUUCAUUGAAACUUGGUAUGAGUAUAUAUAUAUGGAUAAGAGGAUGAUGGCAUUGUACACCAUCUGUUAAUAACGGAGUGAUGGCCCUUUUUAUCUUCAAAAAAUGCUUUUUUGAGUGUCAAAUAUAACACUUUUGUAUCCAGAAGCAUAUUGGCGGGGGAUAUCAAUUCAACGAAUUUGCUUGUUAGAAUUUGUAUUGGAACUUGAUGGAAUAUUUUAAGUUUAUAGUUAUUUGUUUAUUCAGAAUGAACACAGCUGAAUGUUUUGCUUCACUUUUUCAUGAUUAAUGUACAGACCAUGGAUUACCAACAUACGGAUUAUGCUAUUUUCUGGUUACUUGUUAUAAUGCAAAUAUCAACAAGUGCCAUGCGUUUAACAAGCUGCAUGACGAAUUAUUUACAACAAAGUGAAGCAAAAGAGGCUGUUAACAAUUUCUGUAAACAUUUCUGAUGAUAAAGCAACCCCGUUUACAGGUGAUUUAAUAAUUCAUUCUUUGUUACUUGCAAUUCAUCUUUUAUAAUAGAUUUUUAUUUGGCAAAUACCUUAUGAGUAUUUCUUAAAUACUGUCAAUGUGCUGCAUUUAAUAUAAUAUGAAUAAUACAUGGAAUCUUUAAAUGAAAUGAAUUAUUAACAAAUAUUUUUGAAACUGUGUGUCUUUAUUUAUGGAAACAUGCACACAUAUUAAAUCACCAUCAUAUGUUGUACACACAGUAUUGUUAUUAAUCAGUUACAACUAACAGGUAAUUGCAAUGUACUUAACUGGGUGUAUUUACAGACGGUAAAGUCAAAACUUGUUACAUCCGUAAGCCAAAUGUUCAUUCCAUUUUUUAGCUCACCUGAGCACAACUUUUGUGAUCCCUUUUUGUCCGUCGUCCGUUGUGCGCUGUCAACAUUUGCAUUGUUAACUCUCUAGAGGCCACAUUUAUUGUCAAUCUUCAUGAAAUUUGGUCAGAAGAUUGGUCUCAAUGAUAUCUUGGAUGAGUUCAAAAAUGGUUACGUUUGCUUGAUAUACAUGGCUGCCUAGGGGCGGGGCAUUUUUCCUUAUAUGGCUUUUGUGAUCGCUUUUUGUACGUCGUGCGCCGUCAACAUUUGCAUUGUCAACUCUCUAGAGGCCACAUUUAUUGUCCAAUCUUCAUGUUGGUCAGAAUUGGGUGAGUUCAAAAAUGGUUACGUUUGCUUGAAAAUUAUGGCUGCCAAGGGGCGGGGCAUUUUUCCUUGUAUGGCUAUAGUAAAAUCUUGUUAACACUCUAGAGGCCACAUUUAUUGUCUGAUCUUCAUGAAACUUUGUCAGAAGAUUCAUCCAAAUAAUAUCUUGGACGAGUUUGAAAAUGAUGCCGGUUGGUUGAAAAACAUUGCCCCCGGUUGGCGGGGCAUUUUUCCUUUUAUGGCUAUAAUAAAACCUUGUUUAACUCUAGAGGCCACAUUUAUUUUCCGAUCUUCAUGAAACUUGGUCAGAAGAUUUGUCCCAAUAGUAUCUUGUUAUUUCAGGUGAGCGACUUUGGGCCUUUCAGGCCCUCUUGUUAUAAAUUUCAUCGACUGUCAACUGAUUUAUUUAGAUUUUGUUUUGUUUUUGCAUGAUACAAAGCUAACAGUUAAUAAAAAUAAUCAUUAUU